GGAAUUCAACUUUAGGCGCCGCACGUUCAAGGGGAGGAGGAGGCUGAUUGUGGAAAUCACCAAUGACUGGAGAUCUAAGGAAUGGUCACCAAUAGAGCAGGUGGAUCAGUUGAUGGCACGACACAUAAAAGGUGACAAUGGACUCAACAAACAGUUCAGGGAUCACCAUGCCAAUCCUUUCCUUCAAAAAAAUGGACCAGCAAAAUUUCAAAGCCCCUGGAAACAUUCUCCUAGUGGAGGGAAAGGUCAAGGGAUGGUUGAGGAUGACUUUGACUUUGGGGACUCCCUUUGCACUACUGGUGUUCUGGACAACCUGGAAAAGAUAGAGGCUUUGAACACACACACAUCACCACUUGCACCUCAGCUCUCCAAAACCACCACCCAGCAGCAUCCUGAAGGGACGUCAGGAGAUCAGCUUUCUAAACCUUCAGGCCCCAGGCGCUCCCCUAGAAUAAGACUACAAAACCUAAAUGUACAAAAAAAUGUAGUAAUAGAUGAAAGUGAGGAAGGAACUUCUCACAAGGAUAUUAAUAACAAAAAAGGGCUGAAAGAUGACGCACUCACAUCGACCAGAAAUGACACUACAGAGGCACUUGAUGCCAUGGAGCUCAAUGAAAGUAUCUUCCAGCAGUUGCAGCUGUCUGAACAGAAAGUGGAAGGUUUCGUAAGCCAAUUGAAAGAAGGGUUUCAGAAUGCUCCAGAUAAUCAAGAAAAUCUCCAGAACCUUCCUAAGUCUGAGCCUCUGAAGCCGAGGAACAAUGAAAAUGAAUGUGUAAAAGAUUCUGUACAGUAUUCAAAUGUCAGGAAAAAUGCAAUUACGAACAGGUCAGUUAACACUCUCCCUGUCCAUGCAACUGUGUGUGAAGCAGAAGCAGAUAGUAAUACUUGUAAAAAGAAAGUACCAUCAUCUGACAAAAGAGAAAACAAUAAGGAAAUUGAAUGUGAUGGCAAAAAUCUAAGGAGUGCAAAAUUGAAAUAUCCUGAAUCAUCAGUAAAUCUGAAGCACAGUAAUGAAGAAAGGCAUACUCAAGAAGCAAAAGAUUCUGCAGGAAAAAGUCCAAAAUAUCUAAACAAAGCUACUUGCAAUAAAAGUCAAAACAAAGAAAAUAUAAAAAACAUUAAAGAAAGAGUUGAAAAAAACAUUAUCGCUUCAAAAAUGUCAGAUAAUAAUCUUGAGGAUGUUAAGAGUUUCAGGACAUCACUAGAAACUAAGCAAAAAGGCCUCUUUCUUACUUCUGCUUCCUGUAGCAGCUUCCCUAAAAUACCCACUUCUUUGGGCCUGCCUGCACAGCCCUUAACAAUGGAGAGCAGCGAGAAAAUUUGUGAUACUGUACCUGAUGUUGGUGUCAGUGGUCAGCCACACAAUAUUAAACCCAACUCUGAGACAAAAUCAUGCUUAAACUUUAGAUUCUCAGUGAAUGAAGAAGUGGAAAAAGAGCAAGAUGACAUCCCUGCAAACUUCCACAGCCCUCAAAACAUUGGAGAGAAAACAGAGAACAUUGUCAUCAAAUCUCCUCUUAACAGUACAGACUCACAAAACAUCCUGUCAACUCAAGAGAAGAUGGAGCUCAGUGCUUGGGGACUCCCAGAUGCAGUUUUAAAGUGCUACCAUGAAAAUGGGGUAAAGAAAAUGUUUCCGUGGCAGGCAGAAUGUCUGAGUCUUCCAGGCGUACUGGAAGGCAGGAACCUGGUCUAUUCAGCUCCCACCUCAGCAGGCAAGACGCUGGUGGCUGAGUUGCUACUGCUCAAGAGGCUGUUGGAGGGCGGCCGCAAAGGAAUCUUCAUUUUGCCAUUUGUUUCCGUGGCUCGGGAGAAAAUGCGUUACUUGCAGGGAAUAUUUGGGAGUGUGGGUGUUCGAGUGGAAGGCUUUAUGGGGUCCCAGGGACCACCUGGAGGCCUUAAAUCAACUGAUAUUGCAGUCUGCACCAUAGAGAAAGCCAAUAAUCUCAUCAACAGGUUACUUGAAGAUGGCCGUGUGAGUCAACUGGGCAUCGUAGUGGUAGAUGAGCUUCACAUGCUUGGAGAUUCUCAUCGUGGCUAUUUGUUGGAGCUUCUCCUUGCCAAGCUCACCUAUGUCACCUCCUCCAAGCCAUCAGAUAAUUCCUCUGAUUCACCAGAAGACAAGGUGGUAAAUAAUGGUCUCCAGGUAAUUGGAAUGUCAGCCACCUUGCCUAACCUGGAGCUGCUGGCCGGGUGGCUUGAUGCAGCUCUCUACACCACUGAUUUUCGGCCAGUACCUCUUCGGGAGUCUGUUAAGCUGGGGACAUCUGUGUAUGACUCUGCCUUCAACAAGCUGAGGGACUUGAGUCCCCACAUGACUUUAAAGGGAGACCGUGACCACCUCAUGCAGCUGUGCUUGGAGACCGUGCUGGAGGGCUAUUCCGUGCUUGUGUUUUGCCCCAGCAAGGCAUGGUGUGAGAACCUGGCUGAUGCAAUAGCCAAAGAAUUUUACAAGAUAGGCAAGACCAAUGGUUCAUACCCCCCUGAGUUGGGUUCUCAGUUGCGCGAUGCCCUGGAUUCCGUUGGCAUCAAGAGUGUCUUGGAUGCACUGCGCAAAAGUCCAGUGAAGCUUGACAACAUUUUGGCUCGCUCUGUUGCCUUUGGAGCAGCCUACCAUCACGCAGGCCUCACCUUUGAUGAGAGGGACAUCAUUGAAGGAGGUUUUCGUACAGGGGCUCUGCGAGUUCUGAUGGCUACCUCCACGCUUUCCUCUGGGGUCAAUCUUCCAGCACGGAGAGUCAUCAUCAGGUCACCUAUGUUUGGGGGAUCCAUUCUUGAUGUCCUUACCUACAAGCAAAUGGUUGGACGUGCUGGAAGGAAGGGAGUUGAUUUGGAAGGGGAAAGCAUCCUCAUCUGUCGUGAAGGAGAGAAGGAAAAAGCCCAGACAUUGAUGAAUUCCAGCCUGCGUCCCAUCACCUCGUGCCUUCAGCAACACUCCUCGCUCACCUCCAGCAUGAAGCGCGCCAUUCUAGAGGUAAUAGUCAGUGGGGUGGCCAAAACUCCUGAGGAAGUUAAAGAUUAUUGCAGCCACACCCUCCUGGCUGCUUCCCUGAGGGCUGAGGAGAAGGAGGCCAACAAACCAAGGACUGCACACGGCUCCCUCACAUCCUGUGUCAACUUUCUGUUAGAGAAUGAAUUUAUCAGGCUGCAGGGUGAGGAAGGAAACACUCAGUAUGUGGGGAGUCAGCUGGGCCUGGCAGUGCUGGCCUCGGGUCUUUCACCAGAUGAGGGACUUCAUGUUUUCUCUGAAUUGCAUCGUGCCAGGAAGUGCUUUGUCCUGGAAAAUGAACUUCACAUAGUGUACCAGGUGACACCAGUGUAUGUGAGUGCUGCCUGGCCAGAUUUGGACUGGAUGUCAUUCCUGAGGGUCUGGGAGGCCCUUAGUGAGGACCACAAACGUGUUGCUCAGCUGGUCGGGGUGGAGGAAAGCUUCAUUGUUCGGGCCAUGAGAGGCGCCAUCAACAAAAGGGUGCAGAGGCAGGCACAGCAGCUGGCAGUUCAUCAGAGGUUUUAUGCUGCCAUGGCCUUGCAAGACUUGGUACAAGAAAUACCACUGGAUGAGGUGGCUGCCAAAUAUGGGGCAUCUCGUGGUGUGCUGCAGAGUCUUCAACAGUCUGCGGCUACUUUUGCUGGUAUGGUAACAGUUUUCUGUAAUCGGCUUGGCUGGAACAAUCUGGAGCUUUUGGUGGCACAGUUCCGUGAGCGGCUGCAUUUUGGUAUCCAGCGUGACCUGUGUGACCUGGUUCGGCUUGCCCCACUUCUCAACGCUCAACGUGCCCGCCACUUACACUCUGCUGGACUUGAGACAGUGGCCAUGGUUGCUGGUGCUGCACCUGCCCAGAUAGAAGAGGUCCUGCGUUCUGCUACACCUUUCCAUAGCACCAAGUUUGGAGAAGAAGCCAGCCAGGGCAUGAUCUGGCUGUCGACUGGCUCCUUUCUAACAGAGGCUGAGGCAGCUGCUCUUAUUGUGGCUGAGGCCCGCCAGCUGGUGCAGAAAGAGCUGGGAAUAAAUUCUAUUGACUGGAACCAGAAGAUGCAAGGGGUCACAAAACCUAGCAUGACCCCUCACACCUCUAGGCUAUCUCAACAAGUGGUGAGGAAAACCACAGCCUCUCCUCUUGGGGGCAUGGACACUCCCAGAACAGGAGAAUCAUUGCUCAAGAGGCAGCAAAUAUCUUCCCUCUUCACAGGCAUCAAUAUGAAAUCAGACAAGCAUGCCUUGAACACUGGUAACAGCAAACAGACCAAGAGUGAGGAAAAUUCAUCAUUACGGCCAGGAACUGCUCAACUUGAAAACUUGGACAAAAAGUCUGCAUCAGAAGAGGAAAUGUCAAGUGGGAAUAAUCAUAUGAUCACUGGAAAUUCUGAAAGUGUUAAUACAAUGGAACACUCCAAAUGCCAAAAUUCCCAAAGGAAGUGCAAAAAAAUAAUGAAUAGUUGUGAAAAUUUAACUAGUGGUAAUAUGGUGGGCAGUAAUAGUAGCGUUGAUUCAUUGUCCAAAUCCAGUGCCAUAAAGGAUGCAGGAACUGGAGCUUUGAGGGAGGUAAUGAGUGAGACAGCGGGCAUUACUGAGGCCAGCCGUGUCGAUAAAAAUACACCUUUCUGCACCAGGAAGAGUAGAAAGCAUUUGACAGACUCCGUCCACCAGGUCUUGUUCACUAAUAUCAAAACACCGAAGGAGAGAGGAACGCAGAACAAUGAAAGUGGGAAUGGUUUUAUUCCUGAAUCGCAGGAAGACAAAGCUGACAAUGCGUUUUUCCUGAACCGCAGGAAAAAGAAACGCAAAAGUACAUCCUCCAUUUUGGAAAUAAAAGGAAAAAGAUGCAAUGAUCUUUCCGCUCAGCCAGUUAAGGGUAGAAAGACAGGCGAAGGGACUAUAGAAAAAAUAGGUGGAAGUUUGGUAUCUGACAUGAAAGUAAUGACAACACAAAGCAAGGAACACUUAACUGUAAACAAACUGGAUUGUGGUGGUGCUGUUGCUAAUGUCACAACUGGUGGUGUUACUAAUCAGGAUGGUAACAUAUCCCUUUCAUAUACCCCAAUUAGGAAUGAACUGCUUAAUGAAAUUGCCUUCUCAACACCCAUCACAGUCCCUGAGGCUCAGUACAGCAAGUCACCAGCUCUUCCCCUGACUCCAGGAUCAGACGUAGGUGCCUCUGUCUUCAACUUGAUGAUUAACAGUGGAUUGAAUGAUAGCAGUGACUUGUUCAAUGAGACUGAUCUGCAAGACAUUCAAGGGAACCCAAAAGAUUGCAAAGAAAUCUCAAAAAACUCAGAAGAUAUACAAACUAAGGACAAUGAGAGAUGCUCCUCUGAAGAUGCCUAUAUUAAUCAAAAGAAACAAUUCUGCAGAAGAGAGUAUCAAGGAACGACCAAGGGCUUCAACAGGAUAAAUCCAAACACCAAACAGAAGAUUAAUAAAAUGAAUAACCCAAAUCCUUUAAAUAUAAUAAAUUCAAAUGAUGUUUGUAUCCCAGAGUGUCAGACAUCAAAGAACCUAGUCAGUUUAGAGAAGAACUAUGAUAACCAGGAAGGUGAGGACUGUAAAGUGACAACACAUUCUUCUGAUGUUUUAGACAAAAAGGACAGUUUUACCAAGUUUAGUGAUUUAAAGUCCAAUGAGAGUUUCCAGAGAGAAUCAAUGGAGGAUUUCGUACUCACAGAGUCACAAAAAAAUGGCUUAAUGAUGACAAUGAACUCUCAAGACUCAUGUUGCUCCUUAAGGCCAUCACAUCAUCAAAAAAAACUUGAUAUAUUUAAAGAAAGUGGUGACUCAGAUUGCAAUGAAAGCUCCCUAGACUGUCAGAAGAAGCUUGACAAUAAACCAAAGAGGGAAGAUAACAUACUGGAAAACUAUAAUGGUAGCAAGAUUUUAGAAACAGAUAAGAAGAGAAAGCUACAACCGGACGCUGAUUUACUUGUUCCUACAAAGAGGGUGUGUGCAAUGCAUGACAAAAGCUGCAACCAAGUGAAUUGUGAAAACGAGUAUGUGAAAGAACCUACUGCCCAUGUUACUUCCAAAACAGACUUGGUGAAGAUAUCAAUGAGAAAGGCACAAGAGAUGGAUGAAGACUUUCAAAACUCAACAUACUUAGAAAAACUGACUGACUUGAGUGACCUAAGUCUUAGUGAGAGCAAGUCUGAUAUGGAAGGAAAAGGAACUGUAGAUAACAGUCCUUCAGUAAUUACUAAUAAAGAAGAUAUUUUCAACCAAGCUUUUGAUGAUCUCACUGAAUUGGGCAGUAAGAGCAGCAGCUCCCUCUUGUCUAGGGGAGAUGAGGAGUCUCCUUGUAGAAAGUCCAGUUUUGAGAAAAAUAAUGUUUCUGAGCAUAAGAAAUCUGACAUUGAAAGCACACCAAAAGAUUAUUCUGUAUCAGACUCAUUUCUGGAUCAAGUUUUUGAGAGUUGGCCUCAAGAUGAUCAGGGGCCCCAGAACACUAUCCAACAGCCUAUGAGUCAGGAUUCUCAGCCUUUGUGUGAUGAGCCUUCAGUAUUGCUCUUCCCUAAUCAAUCGGAUAAUCCAGAGAAGGAAAGGGAGAAAAAAGUGAAUAUAAUUCAACCACCUCAAAAUGGCAGAGAUAUCCUGAACUGUACAACUGAGGAAUACAAACCACACCAUAGAGAAGAACCAACUAUAAAACCAGGAAGGAGCUCAGUUGGAACUUACAAUAAAAGUGACAAUGAUGAUAUUUUUAGCCAACUGGAGAUAACAGCGAGGACUGAGGCUCUGCUUGAAGGGGAGCCUGUUAGGAACAACACCUGCCAAGAGAGACUUUUUGCGGAGCCUAUUUGUUCUUCCCCAGAAAGGCAGGAAAAUCAAGUGAAUAGCAUUGCAACGAGGGAAAGUUCAGGGAUGUCUGCGAAGAAAAUGUCACAUAAAAACAUUACGAGUCACUCAGAGGGAGCAGUAAUGCCAGCAUCCAUCACAAUUAAUGAAGUGGAUGAAAAAGGAAAUAACAAAUUAUUGUGUAAAACAUCCAAAAACCACAUUGUUGAUGACUUUGAAGAUACAAAAUCUAAAACUGUAAUAGCUCCUGGUAAAUCUGGCCACAGCAUUUCACAAGUAAAAGACAAGGGAAUGAGGAACAUGCAGGAACAACAACAGAAAGCGAAUGGUGCAAAUAGUUUGUCCUCCACUGUGAACAACUCAUUACCAAGCACUUCUUCAUUCUGCAUUAUUGAUGUUGUAAAUGACAGCCAGGUGUUUGCAAGCUUUGUAGAGGAACUAAAACAGCAAGCAGUGCUGUCAGUGGCUUUGGCGUGUGAGCGUGCUCCAUCACAGAAGCAGAAGCAGGAGCAAGGCAUAGGAUGGAGAAUCACCCAUAAAAGCCGCACCCCAAGACGGAAGGUGCAGAGCAGGACGAGGCAGCAGGUGGCCGGGGUGUUGGUGGAGAGCUCUGACCUUAUGGUGGUUGGGCUGGCAGUGUGCUGGGGCCACCACGAUGCCUAUUACCUCAACCUGCGCACCUCCCAGGAUGAACCCACCAGCUGCAGCAUGCCUACUCCUGGCCUUAGUGAUGCUGUUCUUCUGGAAGAAAGACUGGAAGCUGUUAAGAACUGUUUCUCUAAUGAGAAGCAGUGUGUGGUGCGUAUGUGGGAUGCCAAGAACAGUGUACGGCUGCUGGCAGCGUCUGGUCUGGCUUGUGUGACAGGACCUGUGGAGGACCCCAAAGUGGCCGCCUGGAUGCUGGACCCGGGAGCAAAGGAAUCUAACAUAUGCAACCUGGUUAUGAACCACCACUUGCCAAGCUUUCCGCUACUGGAGGGUGUGGAUGGCUGCCGGGGCCUGGGAGGUCUGGGCACCACCACCAGCAACCCAGGGUCCAGCCGGGUACGGGCAGCAGUGGAAAGUGUGAUAGUGUUCCAUCUGACACCAGCAAUAACUUCCCAACUCAGAGAAGUGGAAAUGAUGCAGUCCUUUGUAGAAGUGGAGAUGAGGAGCGUGGUUGAGCUGGCAUACAUGGAGCUGAAUGGACUGGGCUUCAGCAACAAGGAGUGUGAAGCACAGAAGCAAAUCAUGCAGGCAAAGCUGUCAUCCCUAGAAAGAGAGGCACAUCUCUUGGUUGGUCACCCCUUCAGCCUCAGCUCCCCUCUUGAGAUUAGCAAGGUGCUGUAUGGAGAGCUGCACCUACCUCACCCAACAUCUCAUGGCUCCAGUGCCGCUCCAAACACUAGGAGGCAUGGGAGAGGGAGGGGUGCAGGCCCCACCAACAAAGAAGCCCUGGAGAAGCUUAAGCCUCACCACGCUUUGCCUGGUGUCAUCCUUCAGUGGCGCAAGAUCUAUUCAGCCCUUACCAAGGUGGUGUUCCCACUCCAGCAAGGGAAGGUUCACAGUGCCCACCUUGCCAUGGACCGGGUCCACCCUGUCACUUACACCUUCACCUCCACGGGCCGCAUCACCAUGCACGAGCCCAGCCUCCAGACCAUUCCCAGAGACUUCGACAUACAGAUACCACCACUUCAAGUGAUGGGAGAGGACACUAGCAAGAACACUAAGAAAAAAGGGCUGACACAGUAUUCUGCCCCAUAUUCAGCUGCCAUGACUCAGCUGGCUUCAUUGUUGGCCCCAAUACCUGAGAAACAGCAGUACACAGUCAGCCUAAGGCAUGCCCUGGUAGCUCGUCCAGGUCAUGUGUUGCUGGCAGCUGACUACUCUCAGAUUGAGCUCAGACUGUUGGCCCAUUUAGCUGGUGAUCAGCCUUUACUGCAAUUGCUCAACAAGGGAGAAGAUGUGUUCACUCUCUUGGCUGUCCGACUCCUACGCACCCCAACGCACCCCUCAGAGGUCACCCAAGAACAACGCCACCAAGCCAAGCAGGUUUGCUAUGGGAUGAUCUAUGGCAUGGGAGCACGUGCAUUGGGGGAGCAGCUUGGAGUAGAGGAGGAAGAGGCACGCACACUGUUGGACCAAUUUCAAAGCAGCUUUCCAGGUUUGCAGAAGUUUGCUAGAGCCACAGUGGAGGCUGUCCGCAGCACCAACUAUGUCACCACCCUACUGGGGCGUCGCCGCUAUCUGCCUGACAUAAAUAGCCACUGUUCCCAGGUCCGGGCUCAGAGUGAACGCCAGGCAGUUAACACGGCAAUCCAGGGCUCAGCAGCAGAUUUGGUCAAGCUUGCUAUGGUGCAUAUACAAGUGGCCCUCAGGGAAACUUUUCCAACAUCAUCGGCUCACCUCACAGCACCCAUGUCACCAUCCCGUUGUAAGGAAUCCAGAGGAGCUCACCUUGUGCUCCACCUUCAUGAUGAAUUGAUGUAUGAGGUUGUGAGUGAAGAUGUGAUCCAGGUGACCCAGAUAGUCAGGAAGCACAUGGAGGGAGUCUUGCAGCUUUCUGUCAGCCUGCCCGUCAAAGUCAAGGUUGGCACUACUUGGGGUUCCAUGCAGACAUUGAACUUGUGAUAUUAUCCAUGAACGAAAACAUCAGCACUUAGAGUAGGAUAAAUAUAGUCUUGAAAGUUUAUCAAGAUGUAAAAUAUAGACAUUUGUUUUAAAUCUUCAAAGGAGCAUGAAAGGUGAUAAGAUGCAAGGUUUGUUUCUUAAUAUUAAUUUAAAUAGGCAAGCAAAAAAGGUUUUUAAUGAUAGGGAGCAAAUGAAUGGUACAGAAAUAUUGUAUCACUAAUGGGUGUUAAGAAAGACAUGUAUAUUAAGAUUUUAUUCUAUUUGAUCCUUGUUCUAUUCAGGAUUUUAAAAAUGCUCAUGUUAUCUCCAUACUUGCUAUUAUCAAAGCUGUCAUAAAAGAGUGUGUGUGUGUGUGUGUGUGUGUGCUGGUGCUGCCUUUUAAGAUGGUUUUAUCUCUCUCUCACACACACACACACACACAUAUGACACUAUGGAAAUGGAGAAUGUUGAAAUCUUUAAUGUUUAACUACACUUUUAUUAUGUUAUAUAUAUUAUGUGUACCGUAUUUGUGUGUAUACUCAUGAUUAGACAUUAGUUUGUAUGGUUUGCAUUGUUAAUAUGGAUAAAACAGAGUGGAUUGAAGCUGUGGUGUUGACGAAUGCUGUGAUAAAUAUUUUUAUAACUUGACAUUAACACACUCUCUCUCUCUCUCUCUCUCUCUCUCUCUCUCUCUCUCUCUCUCUCUCUCUCUCUCUCUCUCUCUCUCUCUCUCUCUCUCUCUCUCUCUCUCUCUCUCUCUCUCUCUCUCUCUCUCUCUCUCUCUCUCUACACACACACACACACACACACACAUAAUGUGAUUUCUGUGUAAAAAAAUCGGGUUUUAGUGAUUUGCAAAGUCUAACUAAUAACACUUUUUAAAGUUAAUUUAAAGAAUAAAAUAUAAAUGUUAACUUGUUUGAUACACAUCUAUUAGUCAGAUCAUGGCAAGAAAGACCAUUUUGAACUAACUGCUAAAAUACUGUGAUGGUCAAAUGCAUAAUGCUCCCUUGUACUUUUAUAUGAAAGGAAAAUGAUUAAAAAAUGAAUAAGAACAUUGAAACCUUGAACAUUUAUCAUGGAGAGCCUCAGUCAUGCAUAAGUUUGCCAUUUCAUUUGAUUUAUUUCACAGGAUGUAUUAGCCGGUGUAGAAGUUCAAACUGAUUGUAUUUUUUUAAAUUUUUUUUUGCAAUAGCAGAAAACUAG